AUAUAUUUUUUUUAAUGCAAAAUUAAUGUAAGGUCAUAGAAAAUAUUUACACAACGAUUUACACAACGUAUUAAUGUGAGAUCUCUCUUAAAAAACAAAAAUAGUACGUUUCAAUUAAAUGAAGAUACUUUUUAUUAUAAUUGUGUAAUAUUAAAGUUUGUGAACAUUUGUGAACUUGGCUACUUAACAAAUUCGUGUUUAACAAUUUUUUUAUAUUCAUCUCGUAUCCUUCAUAACCUAGCCAAAUCUAAUCGAAGUCCUUUAUCCCGUGUUUGUCGCGUCACACAUAUCCGAAUGCAACAAUUAACUUUCAAGAGUGAUAUAUAUUUGUUCACCUUGUUGGAAAUUAUGUCACGUACACGCGCGAUCGUAUCGAUAUGAUGAAUGACGUGAGGUUUGCAAAUUAUCGACAAUGCAUACCACAGUGGUAAGAAACUUUUUGACUCGACAAAAAACUCCUCAGAUUCGACGCCAGUAAUUAUAAAAGUUUAUACGUUCGACGUUUAGCUGGAAUAAAAUACAAUGCAAUCCGUUUGGUUUGUUGCUCGAGGAAAUGAUAUGAUUUGUACCGAAUCAAUAUCGCAUUCAGUGUCGAGUGUUAAAUGUUAAAGAGCGCUUAUUUCAUCGAGCAAUUCCCUAUUAUUUUUCAUGGAAUUCCUUUAGUUCCUUGCAAUCUCUCGAUUUCUACACGACGAUAUUACGUAUGAUUAUUUCAUCUUGAUUACCUUACCGCGGACUACCGUUCGAUUGGCGAUCGCAAUACCGCAAUCGGUGCAUUACGAAUCUCGAAACAUUGGUGUAUCGCGCUAGAACGUCGUUCCACUUGCCGAUUAUUAUUUCGGUUCGUUAUCGCGAUCGCAAGAUGACCAGCAUUCCGCCCACGCCUGCGCUAAACGUGAAUUCGAAUAAAGCAAAACUCGUGGGGUAGCUUGACCCUUGGUCAUCCGUCGGAAUAGAAACUAGUCUGGCCGGUACCGUACAUCGCGUACAUACCAUGCUCUUUACGCAACAAUUGACAUCGCUGCCAUGCCUUGCCAAAUAUAAAAAGUCUCGGGCGCCGAGCAAAGCCAUGGAGCGUUACGAACGUCUUGCGCGUCUCGGCGAGGGUAGCUAUGGCGUCGUCUUCCAAUGUAGGGACCGGCAAACUGGGAAAUUGGUGGCUGUAAAGAAGUUUCAGCAGACCGAGGAUGAUCCCUUGAUACGUAAGAUCGCGCUACGGGAGAUACGUCUCUUGAAGAAUCUCAAGCACCCAAAUUUGGUCAAUCUCCUAGAAGUCUUCAGACGAAAGAGGAAGUUACAUUUGGUAUUCGAGUACUGCGAAAACACCCUUCUGAACGAAAUGGAAAAGUACCCUAGCGGUUGCCCGGAUCUCACAACGAGACAGAUUACCUGGCAGAUUCUACAAGGCGUCGCCUAUUGCCACCGCCUUGGAUGCGUUCACAGAGACGUAAAGCCGGAAAACAUCCUCAUCACAGCCGAAGGCGUAGUAAAAUUAUGCGAUUUUGGAUUCGCGCGUAUGCUCAGUCCUGGUGAGAACUAUACGGAAUAUGUCGCGACCAGAUGGUACAGAGCGCCUGAAUUAUUGGUCGGAGACACCCAAUACGGUACUCCGGUCGAUGUAUGGGCGAUCGGUUGCGUGUUUGCUGAAUUAAUAAGGGGCGAAGCCUUGUGGCCGGGAAAAUCCGACGUGGAUCAAUUAUAUUUAAUAAGAAGAACGCUGGGCGAUCUUUUGCCGAGACACAUGGCCAUCUUUCAACAGAACGAAUUCUUUACCGGUAUUACUCUUCCAACACCGCAAACACUUACCCCCCUCGAAGACGCUUUACCGCGUGGAAAUGGCAAUACUUUACAGCUCGAUUUUCUGAAGAAAUGCUUGGAUAAAGACCCAAAUGAAAGGUGGACAUGCGAACAAUUGUUGCGACAUUCUUAUUUCGAUAAUUUUCAUUUCAAAAUGCCGGAUGUUGAGACGGAAGAAUUUGAAAAACUUAAAAAGCAUCGAGAACGUUCCAGGAAUACCAAUUAUAGUCAAAUGGUGUUACCUCAACUACCCAGGGCUGGCCCUUCUGUUCAUAGUCAAAGUGAAAAUCGGCCUAAGAGCUCCUCACAUCAACAAAAUUUUGAUCAUCUACCUACCAUAAGGGGUUAAUUAAACUCUGUGAUUGUAUAUAUAUUUUCCUAAGCUUUUUGAGAAUAUUCAUGUUAAUUUAUAGAAUUCUA